AUUGUAUAGUAUUUACGACUGUCUCUGGGACUGAAUUGAACAACAAAGCGAUGUGGUUGAAAACAUUAGCAACCUCUCCUCUUUCGGGGAUCACUGUUUUAGUCCUUUUCCUCGCUCUACUUCUCAGAUUUUACGUCAAAUUCGACACUGCUGAGAGAUUGUUCGGAGCUAAGGAGCUUGCAUUGUUCAAUGGAACCGAUGAAGGGUUGCCAAUCCUUCUAGGAAUUCUUGGAUCUGUGUUUGAUGUAACCAAGGGAAAAUCUCAUUAUGGUUCAGGAGGGGGCUACAAUCAUUUUGCUGGAAGGGAUGCUUCUCGUGCAUUUGUCUCUGGAAAUUUCACAGGAGAUGGUCUCACCGACUCACUGCGUGGUCUAUCUAGCACUGAGGUGAAGAGUAUUGUUGAAUGGAGAGAUUUCUACCAUAAAACUUAUAAGUAUGCUGGGAAGCUAGUUGGUCGAUACUAUGAUAGCCAAGGGAAUCCUACAAAAUAUUUGAAAGGGGUUGAAGCAAAGGCUGCCAGAGGUGCACAGCUUCUAGAAAAGCAGAAGAUUGAAGAGGCCAAACAACCUUCAUGCAAUUCAAGAUGGAGUCAAGAUGAGGGUGGUGAGGUAUGGUGUGAUGUUGGUUACCCUAGAUUGGUUCAGAGGCCACUAGAGAUUGCUUUGACGGGGAAGAUGAGUAAGCGUUGUGCAUGCUUUGAAGAUUCUCAGUUGGGCCAAUCUGGUUUAGAGGUAUAUGAAGGGUGUGAUUACCAUGCUACCAGGUGCAAAGUUUAAUCACGAAUCAGACACCAAUGGAAGAAUAUUUUUUUGAGGUAUAUGUAUGUAUGUGCAUGUAUAUUAAAACCUUAAUUUAGUGAAGCUAGUAAUUAUUUUUGAGACACCUUGUUACUUUUAUUUCUUGGGAACGAUGGUUGCUUUAUGCUAUAUUUUUAA